UUCUCAAGACAAUAUCGGCUCAAAUCAAGUCCGCAGACACCGAACGCAUCGGUGGAGGAAAGCCGACAGUUAUGGAGGUUUCGACCGCUUAUGUAGCCGUCGGCACAUCCCAUGGAUUUGUUCUCGUCUUCGACUUGCGACAAGUGAUGAAAUCAUGUCUUCGUACUAACGACUACUUGGGAUCCGUAUCGGCGCUGACCAUCAAGAGGGAUAACUCGCGACUGCUUUGCGGUUACAGCAGAGGAGGUGUCACUCUUUGGAACCUACAGUCGGGUGAACUCAUUAAGACAUUCACUGAAUUGCAUUCACCCAACACUACAGUACUUCAUCUGAAGUUUAUGUCCGACAAUAACUUCGGUGCUCUGAGUGACAGCAGUGGAUCUGUUUAUAUGCUGGACUUCAGAGGCAAUCACAUCGACUCUCAGUGCAUAUUCUCGGGAAGUCGCGGAGAAGUACUAGUGAUUGAGCCGUUGAUAAUACCGGAGCACUCAAAGGGAGGGGAUAUACAGAACUUUAGCCACAUUUGCUUACUAUCGAUGGCAACGGUGACCAAAGUUAUUGCGCUAACACUGAGGCCCGCAAUCAAUGUCCACUUCACACAACUUCUUAAGGCCAAAGGGACUACUCUUCCACUAAUUUGCUGGCAGUUCGUUAUGGUUCAGAUGACAGCCGAUGCCAGAGUCAUAGACCCGGUGCUGUCGUUUGCGCGACAAAACACUAUUUACUUCUUUCAGGCCAGCUAUAAGAGCGCAACCCGACUGGCGUUCACACCAUUAAUGCAGAUAAGCGUUGGAUAUGUGAUGCAAUCGAUUGUUUGGUUGAAUUCGCGGACAAUUGUGACGAUCGACGACACGGAGAAAAUGCAUGUCUUGGACGUGAAGUCUGAGGAGGAGCUGGAAGUGAUCCAAAUCGACACAAUAGAAAUGGUUUACGGAAGCGCUCACUUCAAGUCUCUGGAAAACGGACAGAACGUGAGUCUCGCGAUGUCUGCGGCCGCCGAGAGGGCCUGUUAUCACUCGACGUGUGUCUCAAACGCAACCCUUUCUAACAAUAACUCUUCGAAUCUACUUAUUCUUGGCGUCAGUUCUGUCCACUUGUUUGCGAUCAGGAGUUGGGCCGAAAGGAUAGACCUAUUGGUCGAUGAGAACAAAUACACCGAAGCUUUAGCUCUGUGUCUCUCUUUCUACAAGAAUACAGCGAAAGCUGUGAUCGGUUUGAGCGGAAAAAAGACCGAAAAGCGUGAAAUGAUAGCACAAAAACUGAUUGAAGUGUUAGACAAGUAUGUGAACCAAACGCUCACAGCUUUGUGUCCCGAAAAGGGAAGGAUUGAGGUUUUGGUGGAACACUACCGACACUUAAUCCCCACUUCCAUCCACUACUGUCUGGCCGUUGAAAAUAACUACCAAAUGCUAAAUCAAUUGUUUGAUAAAUUUUCUGACGAUUCAAUCGCCAAAACCAUAUUCUUAGACGCAUUAGAGUCUUAUGUAUUGAAUGGAGAGCUGAGGAGUUUGAGUCCAAUUAUAGCCAAAGAACUGACUCUUCAUUACGAACAGAAGAAGUGGUUCCACACAUUCGAGUCAAUUGUAACACACCUUGAGAUCACUUCUCUGGAUAUUCAUCAUGUGAUGACUGUUUGUCGCAAACAUUGUUUAUUCGAUGCCAUCAUUUAUAUCUAUAAUCAGGCUUUUGAUGACUAUAUGACUCCUUUUGAAGAGUUGAUCCGCAAAUUAGAGGUUUUUAUAGGAAAUGGACAGCAAUUGAGUGAUAAAGACAUUGAAUUGGGAAACAAACUAAUGGUUUAUAUGAGUUGUCUAUUGAGAGGUCUUUCGUUUCCAAACAAUCAGACCAUCGGAACAGAGAAGAAGACAAUUCUAGUCAGAGAUAUAUUGUCGCGGAUCUCCAAACCCAGUGAUCCUAACAGUGAGAAGAAGACAAUUCUAGUCAGAGAUAUAUUGUCGCGGAUCUCGAAACCCAGUGAUCCUAACAGUGGUUAUAAUAAUCCGUUUGAAGACAAAGAUUAUCCGAAUUUGAGAACACUUUUGCACUUCAAUACAAAACAAUUCUUAGAAAUUCUUUUAAAUGCUUUUGAAGGCUUUGACACCGAAAACAAUUAUCCAAAUUUGAGAACACUUUUGCACUUCAAUACAAAACAAUUCUUAGAAAUUCUUUUAAAUGCUUUUGAAGGCUUUGACACCGAAAACAGUUUUUUAACGGAUCAAAAGCAAAAAAUAGUGGAUAUUUUGAUACAAAUAAUGAUUGAGAAAAUGGGUUUCGACGAGAAAGAGAUCAGUUGUCUGUUUAUAUUUAUCGCCAAAUUAUUGUCAGAUAAGAGGAAUACUGUUGGCAUCAAAAAGUCACUCUUAGAUGAGAUAAUCGAAAAACUUUUUAUAUCCGAAGACCGGAAAUGCAGUGAAGAGAGAGAACACGUCUUAUUAGAGUUAUUGCAGUCAAAAGUGGGCCACACUUUGGAUGAGUUAGAGAUCUUACGAAUGGCACAAAACGAACAAAGAUUAUCCAAAUUUGAGAACACUUUUGCACUUCAAUACAAAACAAUUCUUAGAAAUUCUUUUAAAUGCUUU